AUGGCUAAGACUAAAGUCACUGCCCCUCAAAAUACCCACGUCGAGAGCAAGGCUGAUAUCAAGAAGAAGAUCCAAUUGCUUGGAGAUGAAUACAUCACAGCCAUCAAGGACCAUCAGAAAGCGUCGAACGAUGUAAGAAGAAUCCAAAGUCAACAGAAGGAAUCCGAGAUUCUUGAUAUCAGCCUUGCUCUCGACGUGGGUAUUUUGAGGGGCAGUGACUUUAGUCUUAGCCAUGGUGAAUGA